GCCAUAAUCUCCUACAGCCUUGAAAUUUUCAGUUCUUUCAAUCACAAAUGAGGGAUCCACCCAGCUCAAUCCCUUCAAACCGUCCAUGGAUGACCAUUGAAAGCCCAAUGGAGGCCAGGAUGAUGGACAUUUCUUGUCAAAACAAGGAUACCAUGAAUGAUUGUACCCCAAAGGUUGGUAUGGAGUUUGAUACGUUAGAGGCAGCUUGGAUGUUUUGGAAAAAUUAUGGAAAACAAAUGGGGUUUAGUGUUCGAAAGCAUUAUACAAAUAAAAGUAAGAUAGAUGGAGAAAUAACAUCAAGAAGAUUUUUGUGUUCUAAAGAGGGUACUCGUAAGCCUGAUAAACGAGAUCAUCUGACCAGUCAACCUCGACAAGAAACAAGGACUAAUUGUCCAGUACGAUUGGGUGUUUCAUUAGUUCGUGAGACCGGAAAGUACAAGGUGUACGAUUUUGUAUCAGAGCACAACCAUGUUCUUCAUCUUGCAGCAACUACUUUCAUGAUGCGAUCAGAACGAAAGAUGUCUGAUGUCCAAGCUUUUGCUAUUGAUUUAGCUUAUGCUUCUGGAAUUAAGCCUAAGGAGAUACAUGAGUUAAUGAGUAGGGAGGCUGGUGGAAGGGCUAAUCUUGGCUACACUGGAAUUGAUCAAAAAAACUAUCUUCGAACUAGACGACAACGAAGCUUGAUAUAUGGUGAAGCCGGUAGUUUAUUAAGGUAUUUUCAACAACAAUUGAUUCAUAAUCCAUCGUUCCAUUAUGCUGUACAGUUGGAUAUCGAGGAGCAAAUAACUAAUAUAUUUUGGGCUGAUGCUAAAAUGAUAAUUGAUUAUGCCCAUUUUGGUGAUGUUUUUAGUUUUGACACUACAUUUGGCACAAACAAAGAAUUUAGACCUUUAGCUAUGUUUAUUGGUUUCAAUCACCAUAGAGAGAUGGUGAUUUUUGGGGCUGCACUUUUAUACGAUGAGACAACUGAAUCAUUCAAAUGGCUUUUUGAGAGUUUUUUAAAAGCACAUGGUGGUAGAAAGCCUAAAUCUAUCUUUACUGAUCAAGAUUUUGCUAUUGCAAAGGCAUUAGCUGAGGUGAUGCCAGAGACAUGGCAUGGAUUAUGUACUUGGCACAUAAUGCAAAAUGGAAUCAAGAAAUUGGGAAAUUUGAUGAAGGAUGGCUCAUUGUUCCUCCGAGACUUUAAGGACUGCAUGUAUAAGUAUAAGAAUGAGAGUGAAUUUGAAGAAGCUUGGAAUAAAAUGAUUCAGACCUAUACAAUUAAGGAUCUUAGUUGGUUAAAUGGUAUAUACAAAUUGAAGGAAAAAUGGGCUAACUGUUACAUGAAGAGGGCAGUUACUUUGGGAAUGCGAAGUACUCAGCUUAGUGAAAGUUUGAAUGGGGAUUUGAAAGAUUACUUGAAAUCAAAUUUGAAUAUGGAUGAUUUUUUUGAGCAUUUUGAGAUGGUAGUAGGGCAGAAGCGGGAUAAAGAGUUAGAGGCUGAGUAUAAUGCUAGGGAAAAAUUGCCUCCUUUGUGCUUGAAGAAUUCACCUUUAUUGAAGCAAGCAUCACAGGUGUAUACCCCUGCAAUAUUUAAAGUGUUCCAAAAUGAGUAUGACCAUGCAUCAGCUGCAAUAAUAAAAGAUCGGAAUUGUAGCCAGCCAGUGCAUGAAUAUACUGUUGUGCUUCUUGAGAAAGUUGGAGAAUAUAAAGUAUUGUGUAGUCCUAUUAGUAGGACAAUCUCAUGCAGUUGUAGGAAGUUUGAAACAUUUGGGAUUUUGUGUUGUCAUGCUUUGAAGGUUUUCGACAUACUUGAUAUAAAGAUAAUUCCUGAUGCUUACAUUUUGAAGAGAUGGACAAGAGAAGCAAAAAAUGGGUAUGUCAUAGAUAGUAUUGGGAAGGAUGUCAAUGGGGAUGUUAACUUAAAAGUUACACAACGGUAUAGAAGAUUAUGUCCCAGGUUAGUUAGAUUAGCAUCACGAGCUGCUGAAAUCGAAGAAGCAUAUGCUUUGGUAGAGAGUGUUACAAAGGAAUUAGAAAAGCAAGUUGAAGAUAUUGCCAUGAAAUUUUCAAGUGUGAGUCUUGAUAAUUCUAAAGAUCAAAUGUCAUUGGGUGGUAGUGAAAUUGUGGAUCAUGGAGAACCUAUAAAGAAUUUAGUUGAAAAGGUUAAAGGCCUCAAAAAGAAAGAAGGUUGUAAGGGUCGAAAAAGAUGUAAAAGUUGGGUUGAACAACAAUCAAGGAGAAAGAAAAAAACUUCAACAAAAGAUACUGUUAGACAACAAUUAUCCAAGGAAAACAAUAACUCUUCUCUCAUAAAUUACAAUAACUCUAUCUCACCUGUGCAAUGCUAUUCACAUAAGGAAACUGAUCUGGCACCUAAUUCAAUGGCAUGGAUGACAUAUGAAGGUCUCCAAGGAAAUAGAUGCCAAAACAAUUUCAUUGAAUCAUUAACGGGAAUGGAUGUUGGGUUUGAUCAAGCACAAGUUCCUUUGGGUGACACAACAAAUAAUUAUGAUGCUCACAUGAAUUUUCUUGGUAUGUGAUUUUGAUGUUGCCAAUGCUAUGGACGUUGAAGAGGAGAUAGGCCUUUGUUAAUGCCACCAAUGUUACAUUUUUCUUUUGUUAAGAUUGUCCUUGUUGUAAAAGAGAAGAGGGGAUAGGCCAUUGUUAAUGCUGCCAAUGUUACAUUUUUCUUUUGUUAAGAUUGUCUCUGUUGUAAAAGAGAGGAGGGGAUAGACCA